AUGGAAGCACUCUGGGAAGAGAUCGAUCGCAAUGAAAACAAAAUUCGUGCAGAUCCUGCCGCAGAGUCACAUCUCCAUAUCACCAAUAACGAAUACCAAGUCAUUGGUGGGGAGUACAGAGCUGCAAUCGACAACAUCGAGGCAGACAUCAAAAGGGGCAAAGAACAAAUGCCUCAGAAACCGCUUCCCGCAAAAAGGGAGGGGAUUCAAAAACAAACUAGCCAGUUUACCAGCAGUGUGGCUGCAUUAGUGAGACGUCAGAGGGCUCUUAUGCAGUCCAUUCAACCUUUAAUAAGGGGCAGUUCAGGCCAAGCUGCACUCUGUCAGACAGUGGCUGCAAUUGAAAAAACUGUGGACACACGUGGAAGAUAUCCACUUCAAAAUGUUCGAGCAGCCAAGGUUCGCAUUCGUCUUAAUGUAGCAGCAAAGGUGCAAUCUAACACAACACGGAAACUCGACGUCGAAAAGCUGCAAACACAACAGAUAGCAGAAGCCUACUCCGCUCAACUUACCCACCUGCUUGACGAAAACACUCCUUGUCCUGAUAAUAUAGAUGCACAAUGGCAAAGAAUUGCCCACUCCCUACAAACUGCAGCAAAUGCAACACUUGGGUACCAACAACACUUGGAGUGUCGUAAUGCUACUGAGGAGAAAAACACAGCGUAUAGGGCAACCCUGCAGACAGUAGCAACACGUAAUGUAAGAGAGAACUAUCGGGAGAAAAGAAAAGAGGAGAAACGUAUUUUCAGAAAAAAGAAGAAAGAACAAGAAAAACGUGAGCGCGAGCAAAUCGAGGUGUACAGGAGUCAGAAUGAAGUCCGGAAAUUUUACCAACGAGUAAAACACCAAACCGAAGGCUGUAGAGAUGAAGAAGGAAAUCUGGUGACAGAUACAGAUAGCGUUCUGAGGAUCUGGAAGGAGCAUUUUGCAAAGCUUCUGGUAUCAAAUAAUGGCGAGGAAGAAGAUACCCCAGAACCAAUAAGAGAUGACGGUAUAGAGUGUAUACCACCUAGCCAAGAUGAGGUCAGAAUAGCAAUCAAUCGGCUGAAGAAUAACAAAGCAGCAGGUGCCGAUGGUUUGCCAGCCGAACUAUUCAAGACCGGUGGUCAAAAGCUGAUUAGGAGCAUGCAUCAGCUGAUUAGAACAAUUUGGCUAAAGGAAUGUAUGCCCAACGAUUGGAACCUCAGCAUCCUGUGUCCCGACGAUAUGCGGCAACUAUAG